CAACACAAUUCCAAACAAAACAAUCCUCAGAUUCUUUCCACCUCUCUGCAAUUAUGUCUCAUCCUUCCUAAGAAUUUCAUAUUUAAAUUUUCUCUCUCUAACUUUCUCUCUCUAACCCCUCCUUGCUCACUCCCCAACUGACAGAUAUGCCUUGUCAACCCUAUUUAAUAUCAGCCAACCUCAAGUUUUCUUAAACUCAAUCCCAUUCUCCUCUACCAUUUCCUCCCCCAAGCUCUCUCUCUAGAUCUAAUGGAGAAACCAGCACCCCAUGUGAGAAGGCUCAAAGAGCUUUUGGAAGAGAAGCAAGAGCCAUUUCUUCUUGAUGUUUACCUUCUGGAAAAUGGGCACUCAAAGAAAAGCUUGGAAUUCAAGGGAGACAGCAGUUGCUGGACUGCUGAUGAUUGCAAGAAUUUACAGAGCUUUAGCAGGUGCAACACUGUUAAGAUGAGGAGGAGAGAGAAACCCAAUUACUCAAAGCUGCUGAAAUCUGUGAUUUUGAAGCUUGUUUCUUCCGCAAAGUCUGCGCAAAGGGCCUCUUCUGAUGUUGGUAAGCGAGACAAUGGACGGAGUUCGGAUGUUUCAGGCUGUGUUGUAGACAGAGAAAUUGGUGAAUCGGUGGUCUUGGAUCGAAUUUCCUCUACGAGUUCGAGCACGGUCUUCGACUCGUGCAUUGACAGCGACAAUGAUGACUCGCUUUCGACCUGUAAUGGAGGUGAUUCUCUCUCUGCUAUGGUACCAUUCGGGGCCCUUAAGCUGACCAAUCUCAGGAAAACAGAGGCUGUUGCAGAUAGAAACCACGAAUGCGGCUUCUUCGAAGACAGUAAGCAGCUCAGUCCUGUGUCUGUCCUAGAUUUGCCUUGUGAUGAAGGUUCCCCUGUCCAUUACCACAUGAUUACAGAUCAAUUCUGCAACAGAACAACCAAUGAGGAAUACCCAUCAUCUACAAGUUUCAAGCUAACCCAAAAAAUCACAGAGGAAUCCAUAUUCUCUGGUUCUUUCUGGGAUGUCCUUGUGCAAACCCUUAAAGAAGAACAUGGCUUUCAAGAUUCAGAAAUGCAAGAGCUUCUUGGGUCUGAUUCUUCUUCUCAAUAUCUAAAAUCCAAGAAAGUGUUACAACAAACCAGACAACUUCUCUUCGAUAAUGUUAGAGAAGUCGUUGAAAGUUAUGAAUUCAAUACCAGGGGAAGCUUGAAACGUUUUCAGCCAUGGAGGGCCAAGGAAUUUUGGGGAGCAGAGCAGCUUGCUAAAACAAUAUGUGAGCAAAUUUGUUCAUGGGUGUCGACAGGUGAUGACAUAACCAACACAACCCAAUUGUUGGAUUCUUCUCCACUAAAGAAGGCCAUGAAUGGAGAGAUUUUGAACCAGAGGUUAGAGAGAUUGGGACUGAAAUUGAAGGUGCCAUUUUUGCAGAGAUACAGAGAGAGAUUGUCCAAGAAAUGGUGGAAGAAUCACUGUGCAAAAGAUACCCAUUUCUCUAAAGCUUCUGAAAAUGUCCCAGACUUUAGAAGAGUUUUUCAAAACUGAAUUUGCAGAGAUGGGAUUUUUUACUGUUUUAAGUUCUCUUUUCCCUGAUCUGCAUAGAAGUCUAAAAGAUUCAAUUGAGCACAACCCAAAUGGAGAAAACAUUCCCUACUGUGCAGAAAGGAGGGCAGGUCCCAAUCAUGAUCUUCCUCUCUCUCUAAAGGGGCAUGUACCAUAUGGCUCUCUCUCUCUUGACCUGCUCAAUUCCCCUAUCUCCCUAGGUCUUUAACUAGUCAUCUCCCUCUUUCUUUCUCUCAUUUUUUUUGUUUUUCUUUGGGGAGCGACAAUGAUUGGCUCAUGGAGAGAAGUUUGUAGAUAGUAGGCACCCCGAUUAAACUGGCUCUGUUAUUUACCUAACUAGGUACUUUCCAUGUAAAAAUUUGCUUCUCUUUCCGUUCUUUUUAUUUUUCUAGCAAGUAAAGGAGCAUUAAAUUGAUGUGGACGUGAUGGCAACCUAUGUUUGAAGAAAAAGAUAAAUUAAAUAUUGAUGCUGGGUGUAA